AUGGUGGCGACUCCCAGAUCUUCAGCCAAACUCAGUCCAUCUAUGUCCGCAAAGAAGGAGAAAAUAAAGAGCCCUGCCCGCGUCAAGGAGGUGGAAAACUCAGCCCAGGUAGAAAAUCCUGAAAACGGUAUAGCGUCGCAGGCGAAGCGCAAUAAUAACCCCGGGAUUCGUAUGAUUCAUGGACGCAUUUAUGAUUCCGAAAAUGGCAAGACCUGUCACCAGUGCCGGCAAAAAACCAGGGACUUCACUGCGGCAUGCAAAAAUCUGAAAAAUAACAAGCCAUGUACCAUCAACUUCUGUCACAAGUGCCUCUUGAACAGGUAUGGUGAGAAGGCUGAAGAAGUUGGAGCUUUGCAGGAUUGGGUUUGUCCCAAGUGCAGAGGAAUUUGCAAUUGUAGUGUUUGCAUGAAGAAGCGAGGUCAUCAGCCCACUGGUAUACUUAUACGUGCAGCCAAAACAAAUGGAUUUUCGUCUGUUUCAGAAAUGCUGCAAAAAGUUGGCCCUGAUAACUGUCAAGCAGAGAAAGCAAAAAAGAGAGCUGCUCCUGAGGCGCCUGUUUCACCUCGGAAGAGGGGCAAGGAAAAUAAUUUUGAUGGAAAAAUCAACUAUAACUUGAGUGAUGUGCCCUUACCUUCUAACGUGGUCAAAGACAACCAAAAGAAAGUUGAGGUGGAAGGAUCCAUUAAGUUGAAGAAUAUAAGUGCAACUGUACCUGUAAAUGGGAAUGUUUUGCCAAGGAAGUCAACAAAAUUGCAGGGAAGCAGAAAAGCGAAUGGUUCAAUGAAGCACCCUACAACUGCUACUGAUGACAAGUUAAAAAUGCUACAACAGGAGAAGCUGAAUGAAGUGGCUGAUGUUGACAAGAAUAGAUUUACUUUUGCAAGAAGGACCAGUCCUAGAAAGCAUCAUAUUUCGAAUGAAACUGUAAAUAAUGAUCCUGAAUCCAAGGACAAGGUCCAGCAGGAAGUACAAGAUGGUGACAAGAAUAAAAAUAUGUCUGUUCAGAGGACUAGUCCCAGAAAGCUUCAAAUCUCAACUGGAACUAACAAAGGCAAUGGAAAAUCUAAUUUAGACAUUGAUCAACACAAAAGAAAACUACAAAAGUCAAAGGUGCAUGAGGGAGGUCUAACAGAAACCUAUGAGGACAAGGAAAAGCAGGAAGCAGAUACUAAACAUGUAAAAUCUGCAGAAUCUGAUUGCAGAGAAAUAAACUUUGAAAGUGGAACUCUAUCCAGCAUGCAUUCUGAUGAUAAUAAUAAGCUUGAAUGGGUGUGUCAGUAUGAUUUUAAUCCUGAAAUCCAAUUGCCUGAGGGUUUUGAGUUGACUAGUGUACAUGACAUUGAAAUACCACCAGAAGAUGUUGGUAAAGCCUUCCAAUUCUUAGAAUUUUGUGCUGCAUUUGGACAGAUUCUUGGGGUGAGGAAGGGACAGCCAGAAAUGGUGCUUAGAGAUUUGAUACACGGGCGAAGUAGUCGUCGAGGAAAGCAUUCUGUCGUGAUUCAGUUUCUUAUCCAACUGCUAUCUGUUAUUCGGGAGGAGCGAGGACAAGGAUCUUCAGCACUGAGUCAAAAUGGAAAUUACAAUUCGUGGAUGAACGCAUUAAGAGAAUGCAUUUCCAAGUCUGGGAGUGUGUCAAAACUUCUGGACCUGGGGAGUGUCGAUGGAUUUGAGUACUUGGACUCCUCCAAAAAGCUGAUGAUCAUAAACUUUUUGUGUGAUGAAAUUCUCGGAACUAAAAAAUUUCGCAACUGGAUUGACGAGAAGACAAAGGAAAAUAAAGAAAAAUUUACUGCUGCAAAGGAUAAGGAGAAGACUUUGAAACAGCAAAUGCAAGAUGAGGUUGCGAAAGCAAUUGUACAAAAGAAUGGUGCUGCUCUUUCAAUUUCAGAGCAUGAUGCUAUUGUCUCUAAAAUAAAACUUGAAGCCGCCGCUGCUCAUGCUAAUCUGGAGUUAAAUGAAUCUAUAUUGAAAAAGAAGAACCAAUCCUCAGUUGUCAGGACACAACCAAUAUAUUUAGGAGGAGAUGGUCGUGCAUAUUGGAGGUUAAACUGCUCGUCUCCCAAGUCUGCCAAGGAAAUAUUUCUUCAAGAUGUAGGAACUGGGGAUACGUCUGGUUUAAAUGAAAGAUGGUUUGCCUUUGAAGAUGAACAAAGAGAAGAGAUUGAGAAGCACAUCAAUUCUUUAAGGGGCAAAAGGGUAAGGGCUCAAAGGAUAGCAGUGCAACGACCAACCCCAAAUUAA